CUGCUUUUAACAUGAAGGUAAUCAAAUCAGGAAUACAUGUCCAAACUACCUCGUAAGGUAUAGCUGCAGGCUUCCUUUUCCGGCCACCAAGAUAUCAUCGGGUUCAUGGAACAUACCAUGACUCUCCAAUUCAAGAACUAGCCUCUACUGCCUAGAGCUGAAUACGAGCCGGCUGCCUAGAUGACUCAUUUUCUCGAGCUUGAUUUUCGGGCUGUCUUGUUCAUGCUGUAGCGAAGACUCCUUGAAUUGGAUAUGUAUAACUUGAAUGAAAAUCCAUCACCAUAAAGCUUAUCCCAAGACCGGACUCAACAACCGCUACCACCACUUCCCCGGGGCCAUCCAAGAUAAUCUCCCCUUCCAGAACCGAACCCCCUUUCUCCCAAUUCAAAUACAACAACCAAAAGGCAAACCACAAUGACCACCCCUCAAAACACGCUCGCCCAACACUUCAAAUCCCUCCACCGCCCGCGCCACCCCUUAAUCCUCGCCAACGUCUACGACGCCGCCACCGCCCAAACCGUCGCCUCCUUGCCCUCCGCCCGGGCCAUCGCAACCGCCAGCUACGCCGUCGCCGCCGCUGCCGGCACGUCGGACGAGGAACUCCCGUGCGACGAGCUCCUCGGCUCCGCGACCGCCAUCGCCUCCGCCGUCCGCCCCACCGGCAAGCCGCUCAGCAUCGACAUCCGCGACGGCUACAACACGCGGCUCCCCAUGAUCGUGCAGGAGCUCCUGGAUGCAGGGGUCGUCGGCGUCAACCUGGAGGACUUCGACAACGCCGCCAAGACGAUGUACAGUCGCGCGGAGGCAGUCCAGCGCAUCCGGACAGUGUUGGGCAGGGCGCGCGCGGCGGGCGUGCCGGACUUUGUGGUCAACGCGCGGUGCGACGCGCUUCUGCAUGGCGGCACACUGGAGGAGGUGAUUGCGCGCGGGCGGGAAUAUUUGGCGGCCGGGGCGGCGACGGUGUUUGUGUGGGGUGGGGCGACGAGGGGUGGGACUACGCGGGAAGAGGUGGGGCGGUUGGUCGAGGCGUUUGAGGGGAGGUUGAAUGUUAAGGCUGUUCCUGGGGGUUUGACAACGAAGGAGUUGGCGGCGAUGGGGGUGGCUAGGGUGAGUGUGGGGCCGGCGUUGUUGGUCGCGGCGUUGGAGCGGGUCAGGGAGGUUGCUGAGGGGUUGCUGACAGAAUAAGGUGGGGGGGUCUGAGGUAGUGGAUUCUGUGGGCGAGGAAGGAUCUACAUGUUGGCAGUGGAAAUUAUGGGGAUCGAUGCAUGUGCGUGUGAACUGAAGGAAGCGGACACUGUGUACAAACACUUGCGAAGAAUUCGUGUAUAUGAUUCCAUAUCAAAUAUCUCGAGCCGGUCAACGAUCGUCAUUUCGGUGAUGCGAUUGCGUCCCCUCCCCACCCAA